UUCACUGCUCUCCUCCCUCUGUCUGUCCCUAUGACCCCACCCUCCCUGUCUUUCUGCACCUUCUGUGUCCUUUCCUACCCCACCUUUCACUUUGCAGUGCUACGGACCGAUCAUGGGUGACUGGAGCUUUCUGGGUAAUAUUUUAGAGGAAGUCAACGAGCACUCUACGGUGAUCGGCCGGGUGUGGCUCACGGUGCUCUUCAUCUUCCGUAUCCUCAUCUUGGGCACGGCGGCGGAGUUUGUGUGGGGCGACGAGCAGUCUGACUAUGUCUGCAACACGCAGCAGCCUGGUUGUGAGAACGUGUGCUACGAUGAGGCCUUCCCAAUCUCCCACAUCCGUCUGUGGGUGCUGCAGAUCAUCUUUGUGUCCACGCCGUCUCUGGUGUAUGUGGGCCACGCUGUGCACCAUGUCCACAUGGAGGAGAAACGCAAGGAGCGUGAGGAGGCGGAAUUAAGCCGGCAGCAGGAGCUGAGCGAGGAGCGUCUCCCUCUGGCACCUGACCAGGGAAGUGUCCGCACCACGAAAGAGACCAGCACAAAAGGGAGCAAGAAGUUCAGGCUGGAGGGCACCCUGCUGAGGACCUACAUCUGCCACAUCAUCUUCAAGACUCUUUUUGAGGUGGGAUUUGUGGUGGGCCAGUACUUCCUGUACGGCUUCCGCAUCCUGCCUCUGUACAAAUGCAGCCGCUGGCCCUGCCCCAACACUGUGGACUGUUUUGUGUCUCGUCCCACGGAGAAAACUGUCUUCAUCAUCUUCAUGUUGGCUGUUGCCUGUGUCUCACUCUUUCUCAACUUUGUGGAGAUCAGUCAUCUUGGCCUGAAGAAGAUCCGCUUUGUCUUUCGCAAGCCAGCUCCAGCCCCAGCACAAGGUGAGGGCUCAACCUCACUGCCACUGACAGGGAAGAGUCUGCCCCCUCUGGCUGUGCCCUCUCUGCAGAGAGCAAAAGGUUACAGGCUGCUAGAGGAGGAGAAAGCCCCCCCAAUAACUCACCUCUAUCCGCUGGCUGAGGUUGGCAUGGAGGCAGGCAGAGGGACCCCGCCCUUCCAGGGGCUGGAGGAGAAGGCGGAGGAGGUGCUGCCCAUGGAGGACAUCUCUAAGGUGUAUGACGAGGCUCUGCCCUCCUACGCCCAGACCACUGAGACAAGGGGGGCCACGUUACAUGAGGAGCCGCAGCAGCCGGCAGAGGUGGAAGCCGAAAGGGUGGGGGAGGUUGUGGAUGAGGAUGUGGAGGUAGAGGAGGCGGUGAUCGGGGAGGGGGUAACUGCAGCAGAGGCAGGGAUGGAAGCCACGGAUACGAUAGAAGACACCAGACCACUGAGCCGACUGAGCAAAGCCAGCAGCAGGGCCAGGUCAGACGAUCUCACCGUAUGA